CAGAGCGCAAGAAGACCCGUACCAACCUGCGGCGGAUUAUCACGACUUUCUCUGUUCCUUUACUUAUUUUGUUUUUACUACAGUCACUUUUUUUUAACGCAUCGACUACUCUAAAAGAUAUGUUGGUGGCAGUUUCAAAGAGCGUGUGCAUUCUACUCUCCUGCAUGUUGCUGGAACCCGUGUUUUCAGUGCAGAGUCAGAUGUGUGACAUGGUGAAGGAGAUAGAGAAGGAGAAGGACCUGUGUGAGACUCAGAUUGAGAACAAAACGACAGGUUGCAGUGGGACAUGGGACAAGAUCACCUGCUGGCCCAGUGCCGAUGUUGGAGAGUUGGUCACCAUCCCUUGCCCCAAAUAUCUCUUCUACUUCUCCAGGAAUGUUCCCAGACGUAACCUGUCAAAGACCUGCACUGAGGAUGGCUGGACCCCAAUCAGCAUAGACUCCUACAUAAUGGACUGUGGAUACAAUCCCAACAACACCAUAGAUGAUAAUAUGUCGGGGAAAUUCUUCGAUGCCAUCAAAGUGGGUUACACCAUUGGUCACAGUGUGUCCCUCAUCUCUCUGACGAUCGCCAUCAUCAUACUGUUUCUCUUUCGGAAGCUGCACUGCACAAGAAACUACAUCCAUAUGCAUCUGUUUGUGUCUUUCAUACUGAAAGCUGUGGCUGUUUUACUGAAGGAUGUGGUUCUGUAUGAAGUCGGGGAGACAGACAAUUGCCAGUCACCUGUGGGCUGCAAGGCAGUCGUGGUCUUCUUCCAGUACGGGGUCAUGGCGAGUUACUUCUGGCUGCUGGUGGAGGGCAUUUAUCUUCACACUCUGUUAGCCGUUUCCUUCUUCUCUGAGAGGAAGUACUUCUGGUGGUACAUCCUGAAUGGUUGGGGGGCUCCAACCAUCUUUAUCUCAGCAUGGGUGAUUACGAAGGCUUAUUUAAAUCACCCUGGAUGCUGGGAGAUAAUCGACGACAGCCCAUGGUGGAUCAUCAAAACACCUAUUUUAGUCACCAUACUUGUGAACUUUUUCCUCUUUAUCUGUAUAAUCCGGACUUUGCGGCAGAAGAUGAAUUGCCCCGACAUCGGAAGAAAGGAAUCCAAUCAGUACUCGAGAUUGGCUAAAUCCACUCUACUGUUGAUACCUCUCUUUGGCAUAAACUACAUCAUCUUUGCCUUUAUCCCUGACCACAUCCACCCACCAGUGAGGAUGGUGUUUGACCUUAUUCUGGGGUCAUUUCAGGGUUUUGUUGUUGCAGUUUUGUACUGCUUCAUGAACGGAGAGGUGCAGGCGGAGAUUAAGCGUAAGUGGCGCAGAUGGAUGCUGCAGAGGUUCCUGGUUGCUGACACUAAGUACCAGCAGCCUUCCAUAGGCAGCAACGGCAACAACUUCAGCACCCAGAUCACCAUGUUUACCAAAUGCAGCCCUACAACACGGCGGGCCUCUGAGUGUCAGGAGCACCUCUCUGCCAUCUGAAAGCCAUCUACAGUUAAAACCCCUUUCUAUCAUAGGGUACUAAGGUGUACACACAUGCACUGUUGCAAUGCAGUUGAUAUUGGUUACUGGAGGUUAAUAUGACAUUUUAGUGCUGAAGCUAAUAUUUUUUCAUUGUAACUAUCCAUUACCUGUCAAAAAAUGACAACACGUGAGGAGUGUUUUUAUUGCAGGGGUCUGAAGCCGCUUACGGAACACAGCACUUGUUUGGUAAAUGGGUUAAACAAUUCCCUUUAAAGGUGCCGUAGUUAGGAUUGCGAAGAUCCAGGACUUAGCCAAAAUAUUUGAACAUCAACAACUUCUCAGUCCCCCCGUCUCUUUCUGCUAAAGCCCAAAAUGGUCUCCUAAGCCCCUCCACCCACAAGGGAGAAUGAAUGCGUGUGCCUGAAUGUGUGCCCACGCAGUUAGAUACCCCCCCUGGCCCUGAUUGACGCACCUGAACAGGGAGCUGUGGAUUUUUGCA